UCCACCACCAUUAAAAUAACGCGUAAACGCAUAAUCAAAAUCAAAAUCAAAAUCAAAGUAAACUCGUAAGUUUCCUAUAUUGAAUAUGAAAUUACCCUAAAAUUCUAAUCAGUGUAUCAUCACACGUAUAUCUUCAAUGUUCCACUCUUAUCACUAGAAUUCUCUCAACCAAAAUCUCAGCAAUGGUUUUUCAUCUCUAUCAUUGCAAUGAUGGUCCAAAUCCUUCUCCUCAACAACCACCAUCCUUCCAAACGGAUCAUCAUCAUUUCCUUAAUAUUCAAUCUCUUCAUAUAGCUUUGAUUGCCAUGGCUUGCUUCGUUACGACGGUGAUGCUUUUUUUAACAUUUGUCAUAUUCCUAAGGAGACAUAGCCAUGAUGAUGAUCACAGUGAUAGAAGAAACGUGCCUGUAUUGUUUGAUGUACAUGGUUAUAGAGAUUCAACUAUUUCGGAUGAUGGUCCCGAUGAUGAUGAUGACGAUGAUGAUGAUGAUGAUGAUGAUGAGAGUGUUGUUGAUCACCCGAUAUGGUUCAUACGAACUAUCGGCCUUCAACAAUCUGUGAUAGAUUCUAUUACGGUAUUGAAAUAUAGAAAAAACGAAGGAGUUGUGGAUGGGACGGAGUGUUCUGUUUGUCUUGGUGAGUUUCAAGAGGAAGAGAGUCUCAGGAUUUUACCUAAGUGUAUCCAUGCUUUUCAUAUUUCUUGUAUCGAUAGGUGGCUUCGAUCGCAUCAGAAUUGUCCGUUGUGUCGGGCACCUAUAGUCAAUGAUGCUGCUGCAGAGGUGAGUGUUACAGUUACUGGAAGUGAUCAGGUUGAUUCAAAUAUUUCUGGAGAGAAUCCGAACCAAGAAGGACGGAGAGAAAAUUUUGAUAAUGUUGUUGAGGAAGGAUUAGGAUUAGGAGAAUUUCAGGUUGUUAGAAUUGAUAAUGAUGAUAAUGAGAGUGAUUCUGGUGUAUCAUCUAGUGAAAGAUCAUAUAAAAAUCAUACUGUUUAGUAUGUUAGGAAAAGAAUUGGGACAGGAAAUAAAUCAUGUGAUGAGUUCUAUUUUCAAUGAAUGGCGUUGUGCUCUAAUGUAUUUUUAUGUUUUCCAUUUACAAAAAUUAGUCCAUUUUUC